AUGGAUGAUCUACGAUUCCGUUGGUUAAAAGAAUCAAUUUAUACGAUAUUAGAUAUUAAUGAAACUGAUCCAGCCUUCGAAUCUUUCUUGGAAAGUCAUGAUGGUGCAAAUGAAUUAGUUGUUGCGAAAUUCUUUAAUGAAGCCAAAUCAAAUGUUGAUGAUGAAAAUGCUUUAAUAUUUCAUAAAGAAGUUUUUGAAGAAUUAUGUGAAGAAGAUGUUGAAAUUACCGAAGAAGAAUGGAUUGAAGAACAAAUGGCUAAUAAUCCAGAUUUUGAUCCAAAUGAAGAAGCAGCUGGUACAACGAAUGGUGGUGAUGAACAACAUCCUCCAGCUGGCAAUGAUGCAUUAAAAUCAGAACAUGGUGACGGAUCAACUGCUGAAGGUGAAAAUUCACCAGAAUUACCACCAAAACCAAAACGAUAUCGUAAAGAACAAGUCAUGUAUCUUCGAACGAUACUUUAUUUAUGCCACGAUAGCUAUCCAUCCAAUUUAAGUCAAAAAAAUUGUGUCUAUUUUUUACGUACAACACAAGGAACAAUACCUGAACUAACGACCAUGGAAGAUGCUGAUAAAAUAAUGAUAAAAUAUCUUGAUUAUGGUCUAUUGAAUGGCCAUACAUUAUAUUUACUUGCAAAUAUACUGAAUAAAGUUUAUAAUCCAAUAUUAACAUAUCAAACUGACGACAUAGAGGCUUCCGAUUCACAUCGACCAGAUGCUGUUACUGAUGCUCAUGAAAAACGAAAAGCUAAAACUGAAAAAACUGCCGAAGAAACUGAAAAACAACUUCGAGACGAAAAACGUCGUCAACAUGAACAAGAAUUAAAGUUAAUGUUACGUGAUGAAUUUUUAAUUCAAUUACAAAAAUUUCUUAAUCAAAUCGGUUUAACACUUCGUCAACUUGAAGGCGAAGUACGCCUUGAAUUACCAAAAGAUUUUGAAGUAGAAAAAGUCGUCAGAUCAAAUAAAGAUAUGAUUGAACAAGCUGAAACUCUUGUCUACAAAUGGAAUGGUGAUAUUCGCGAAGCACUUGAACGCGAAUUGAAAAAAACACCACAAUCACCUGGACCAUUAGGUGAAAUUGAUUGGUGGCGUGAACGUAAUAUUACAUUGAGUAGUUUAUAUGAACAAACAAAACAAGAACAUGUUGAAAAAGUACUUGAAAAACUUGAAAUAGCAGAAAAUGCAGCACCAUCAUCAUUUCGUGAUACUCGUACUGAUCUAUCGAAAUAUUAUUUCGAAUCAAAAGAUAAUGUCAAAUUUUUAUCAACACUUGAACGUCAUUUUAAAAAUGUCACACAUGGCGCCACAUUUCGUGUUGUUAGUGAAACUAUACCAAAAAUGAUGAGUGCAUUACGUAUGGUUUGGAUUAUUUCACGACAUUAUAAUCGUGAUGAACGUAUGGUCCCAUUAAUGGAACGUAUUGCUAAUCAAUUAUCUGAACGUGUUGCACGUUUAAUUAAUGUUCGAACAUUAUUUAGUUAUCAACCAAAUGAAAUUAUUGAAAAAUGUACCGAAGCAAAAAUAAUGUUAGAACGUUGGAAACAAUCAUAUUAUGAAGUUCGAGCUGAAAUUGAACAAUCUGGACGAGAUUCUCGUUGGGAAUUUGAUAAUAAACGUUUAUUUCGAUUAACUGAUCAUAUGGCACGUACUUGUGAUGAUUUUAUUGCAAUUGCAAAAGAACUUGAUGAAUUUUAUGGUAUAUUUACACCUGAACUUAAAUCAGUUACAGGAAAACCACAAAAAAUCAAUGAAAUUCUUGAUCGUGUACAUAAAGUUCUUCAAUCAAUUGAAAAUGCCCCGUGUGAUCCAUUUCGUAUUGAAGAUUAUGAAAAAUGGAAAAUGGUAUUAGCUAAUUAUACGACACAAAUCGAAGAAAUUGAUGAACAAACAAAAAGUUUUACAUCUGAAUCAUUCAAAAGUUUACGAUCAGCGGAAAGUGCUUUUGAUAUGUUAUUGAAAUUCGAAAAAAAUAAUACUCGUACAACUAUACAAGAUGAAAUGAACAAACGAUUUGUUGAUAUUUUAAAACAAUAUGAUAAUGAAAUAACAGAAAUAAAUAAUAUAUUUCAACAUAAUAAAAAUCAUCCACCUAUUAAUAAAAAUCAACCACCUUAUUCUGGUGCUAUUGCUUGGAGUCGUUCAUUAUUUCGACGUAUCAAACAUACAAUGUUACGUUUACAUACAAAAGAAGCUUUAAUGCAAACAGAAUUUGGCAAACAAAUUAAAAGUUACUAUCUACGAGUAGCAAAAGAAAUGAAAGCAUAUGAAGAUGCAAAAUUUACUGAAUGGCGAACACGUACAGAACAAAUUUUACCAUCAUUACAAAAACGUAAUGUACUCAAAGAAUUACCAGUUGCAGAAAAUCAAAAUCCUUUUACACCUCGAUAUAUGAUUGAUUAUGAUCCACAGUUGAAUGAAAUAACAACCGAAGCAAGAUAUCUUGAACAAUUUGAUUAUGUUUUACCAGAAACUAUUCGACAUUUAGCAUUAAGUGAAGAAAAACUGAAACAAAUUGCAACACAAUUAAAAAUUGUUCUUAAAAGUUAUAAUCGUCUUAUUGAUUCACUUGAACCACAUGAACAAGCUUUACUCGAAGAUCAUUUAAAAUUAUUAAAACGAAAUAUGCAAACAGGUACUCAACGUUUACCAUGGACAUCAACGAAUCAUGAAAAAUUCAUUACUGUUACAUCUGAACUUAUUACUAAACUUGAUUCAACAGUAAAUCAAAUAAAAAAGAAUGCACAAGAUAUUCAUAUGUUUCUUGAUGAAAUUCGUCAAUGUAAUCUCUUUCGUGAACCACCACGUAAUGCCGAUGGUUCACUUAUACAUUGUCGAGAAUAUUUUGAAUUUGUCGAAUAUCAACGACGACAAGAUGCACUUGAAUUACAAAAAAAAUAUAAACUAAUUGGUCCAUUAAUAACAAAAGUAGAAGGACUUGUUUUUAAUACAAAUACAUCUCAAUCAUCCAAAAUGGCAGCUUAUUAUGCUUAUUGGGAAAGACAAAUACUUUCAACAUUAUCCGAACUUGUAACAGAGAACUUAAAAACAUUACGUGAUACAUUAGAAAAUGGUUCUAAACCAUUGUUUCAAGUCGAUGCUCUACUUGUUGUACCGGCUGUAGCUAUGCAACCGAAUCAAAAUGAAAUCAUAAAAUUGUUUAGUCAAACAAUGCGUGAUUGUGUUGAAGUGUAA